AUGGGCAGGACCCAUACUUCACGCCCCGAUCUCCCCUCAGCCAGCGCCAACCCUCAGGUUCUGGAGCAUGCCACUCCGUUGGAGGCCGAGGUCGGAAGUGAGUUCCUUGAGAAACUCGCUUCCCGGGGCCAGAAGAACAAGGCGCCGGCACCCGAAACCGGUUCAAGCCGUGCUCCUCCUGCCAAGCGCUCCCGGAAGGAAGUUGUUGGCGGGAAAGAGGUCACCACCAAGCAUUACCGGAAACAGCAGAUGCCGGUUGCCUCCGGGCUUGUGCUCAAGAUUACCAAGAGCGCCUCCGGCAUGAGGCCGGAAAGCUCUGAGGAUGUCCCCAGGGCCUCACCUCCUCCUCAACCAAACCACCGCGCGGAGGAGGACCUUGUCUCCCCUCCAGAAACUCAAGACACCGGUGCCAGCAACAUCGGCGCCGGCAGCAAAGAUGCCGGGAGGGCGGAACCGCAGGUUCCUCCCGUCCCAAAGAAGAAAAAGAAGACAGCUUCUGCCUCCUCCCCCUCCAAGACCGUGCCGGACUCUUCCGCGCCGGCAAGCUCUGCCCCGGCAAAGGAAGCACCUGAAGCUCCUGCGCCAAACAAGGCUCCAACGCCUCCACCGGCUGCCUAUACCGGCGAGCCUGCUCCUGCCAAGCCAACACUGCCGAAGGGCACCAGCUCACCCUCCUCCUUGGUGUUGCAUACCAGCCGCGCCGCCAUUGUGGCCGGAGAAACGGCUUCAGCUCAGCUGGGCCGGAUCACCGAGCUCACCCGCAGCGGAGCCGACCUGGGCUAUCUUCUUGAUUACGCUGAAAAGUGGAAUCAGGCAGAUGUGUCCCCAGCGACGUGCGGCCUGGGGAAAGACAAGCUUCCGGUGGUUGAUCCUACCGGCCCCCGGAGCACCGUGCAACACUUUGGCCGGCUACGGCGCGCGGUCAAAGAAUUUGACACCGCGUGGCACGACGCCAACAACAACGUGUUGAGCACGUUGGACGCCCGGAAGCACCUCUUCGAGGAGCUUCUAUGGGAGCAUCGGGAGCUUUCGGCGGCCCACACUAUUCCGGAAGCCACCGUCGAGGCCCUUACUACCCAGAUCGCCACGCUCCAAGGUGAAAAGGAGCAGCUUGCCAAGGAGCACCAACAAGCUCUGGACGCUCAGACGACUCUUGCCACUGAGCUAAAGAGAAAGCUCAUGGAGGCUGAACUCCGGCAUUCGCGGGAGCUGAAGGAGGCUGAGGCCAAGCUGGAUGAAUCCUUGAAGGAGUUCACCAAUUCCAGCGCGGUGCUGCGGACAGAGUUGGAGGAGCAGACCAAAGCGCGGUAG